GUGAGAUGAUCAUCAUCAUCUUUUACAAGGAGGAUUACGACCAAACUAUUACGAGAACUCAUUGUUUCCCGACUUCGUAUCACUGCCAUUUCACAGCCACUCAUUGCUGCUGUUGCUGUGUACAGAAUUCCAAUCCAGAAGGGUUCCAGAGGACGGAAACGAGGACUAAUGGCGAGGUCGCCGGAGGAGCAGUGGCGGAGAUCGCCGGAGGACCAGUGGCAAAGGUCACCGGAGGAACAGUGGCGGAGGUUUCCAGAGGACCAGCUGCGAGGCCGCUGCGUUCAGAGAACCGGCGGCAGCCGGCCAUGAGGUCGCUGGAUAAGCUAUGGCGGCGGAGUUUGUUGGAGGACCGACGUCGGAGGUCGUCUUUGGUGGCAUAGGUCUUUGUGGUAUUGGCGACAGAGGUCUUGGGAGGACUGGCGGCGGAGAUCCGGCAGGCGGCGGAGAUCCGGCGGCGGAGGUCAGCGGAGGUCCGGCAAGCGGCGGAUGUCUAACGGCAGCAGGUGGCAGAGGUCCGGUAACUGUGGGCGGCGAGGUUCAGGGUGAUAAUCGGUGGUUUAUUCUAAGGCGUAACUAUUUUUCUUCUCCAACAAGCUUCUUACAAGGUGGGGGUAUUUUUGUCUCUUAACAUGAAAGUAGUCCUAUUUAAGAGUAAAAAAGUGUUGACUCCUAUUUAAGUUCCGUGCUUAUGUAUUACUCUUAUUCAGGUCUUUUCCCCAUUUCCAAA